CCUUCGUGUUCGUUUCCUCCGCCUCUUCCGAAACCCUAAUCCCUCGCCUACUCUUCUUCGCUUCUCUCUCUCUCUCUCUCUUCCAAUGGGGGAGGAGAAGCCGAAGAGCUCGCCCCCGAGGGUUUGGAAAACCGUGAAGCCCUUCGUCAAUGGCGGCGCCUCGGGGAUGCUUGCCACUUGCGUUAUCCAACCCAUCGACAUGGUCAAGGUUAGGAUCCAGUUGGGUCAGGGAUCAGCACUCCAUGUCACUAAGAACAUGCUUGCUCAAGAGGGAGUUGGUGCUUUCUACAAGGGCCUCUCAGCUGGCUUACUGAGGCAAGCUACAUAUACAACUGCCCGUCUAGGAUCCUUUAGGGUUUUGACAAACAAGGCAAUUGAGGCUAAUGAUGGGAAACCACUGCCGCUUAUCCAAAAAGCUUUUAUCGGUCUAACAGCUGGCGCAAUAGGAGCAUGUGUUGGUAGUCCGGCUGAUCUAGCGCUCAUCAGAAUGCAGGCUGAUGCAACUCUACCACCUGCGCAACGGAGAAAUUACAAAAAUGCCUUCCAUGCUCUCUAUCGUAUUGUUGCUGAUGAAGGGGUUCUGGCACUAUGGAAAGGGGCAGGCCCCACCGUUGUGAGAGCCAUGGCACUAAACAUGGGCAUGCUUGCUUCAUAUGAUCAAAGUGUUGAGCUCUUUAGAGAUUCACUUGGCUUUGGAGAAGUUAGUACAGUACUUGGGGCGAGUGCUGUUUCAGGCUUCUUCGCUUCGGCCUGCAGCUUACCAUUUGACUAUGUGAAGACCCAGAUUCAGAAGAUGCAACCAGAUGCCAAUGGCAAAUACCCGUACACCGGAUCUUUCGACUGUGCUUUAAAGACCUUAAAGGCUGGUGGACCUUUGAAGUUCUACACUGGCUUCCCUGUCUACUGUGUGAGGAUUGCUCCUCAUGUCAUGAUGACUUGGAUAUUCUUGAAUCAAAUCCAGAAGAUUGAAGAGAUGGUGGGAUUGUAGGAGCUUCAAAAUAAGAAAGCGUCUCAUUUUUUAGCUUUUCUGCUUGUUUAUAAUAAAAUUAUCUGUUUCUGAAACUUUGGCUGGUUUUGAUUAGAAAAUAUUUAGCCCAUAACUCUUGGUUAUGGAGCGUGAUUUUGGGAGUUGUAACGACUAACCCUUUAGUGGUGUAUCUGGGAUGCAUUCCCAAGUGAUUCUUUUAGGAUAUGAUACCCAUUGUACAUAUGAUUGGUCGCGAGGAAUUCUACAUCUGAUUAGAAUUUGUCAGGUUGAAUCCGAAGCUGAUCUCGGAUAAGUAAAUUUGAACUUGUUCUCAGAGUUUCAAUUACAACAAUAUAGUAAAUAAAGUUGUAGUUGCUUGCAA